AUGCGCUCCGGCUCUCUUGCUUCCCCCGCGAAAACGCCCUGGGGGAUAUCGUCGUCAACUCGGUCGACUCCUACCAGAUCCGCAUUGCGAUCUCCGGGACUUCCUAAACAACAUGCUCGCAACGUCGCUCGCAAACUUGGUGCUUCCCAUGGCUUGAUUUUCCUUGCCGGUCAACCGACAAUCAACUUGCGCGACUCCGACCAAGCGCGACCGUUCCGUCAACGUCGAUACUUCUAUUACCUCAGUGGCGUGGAUGAGCCCGAUUGCACUCUCACAUACGAUAUCGCAUUGGAUCUCUUGACCCUCUAUGUUCCGGACUUCGAUCUACACCGCGCGAUCUGGAUGGGUCCGACCCUUUCCCGAGAGGAUGCCCAAGAUCGCUACGACAUCGACCGUGUCCUCUAUCAAUCGUCGCUGAAGCCCGAGCUGGAAUCAUGGCUGAGCCAACGAGUCCAGAACAGUUCUCUCUACAUGGUUCACGAAUCGGAAACUCCCGAUGGACUACCGACCGAGCUUCCGCUGAACACAAAACAACUUAUGCCCGCCAUGGAUGCGGCUCGAGGUGUCAAGGACGAGUAUGAGAUUCGCAUGAUUCGUCAAGCCAACAAAGUCUCGGGAUUGGCACAUCGCAGAAUUCUCGAACGUAUCCAAAAAAUGACCAACGAGUCAGAGAUCGAAGGAUUGUUCCUCGACACGUGUUUUUCGCACGGUGCUCGGAACCAGGCAUAUCAGAUUAUCGCGGCAUCGGGUCCUAACGCAGCAGUCCUUCAUUACGAUCGGAAUAAUGAGUCUUUGCACAAGAAACCCCUUGUAUGUCUUGACGCUGGCGCGGAGUGGAACUGCUAUGCAAGCGAUGUGACUCGAACAUUCCCGCUCACGGGAGAGUGGCCCAACCAAUAUGUACGGGAUAUUUAUAAGUUAGUGGAGCGAAUGCAAGAGGAGUGCAUCAAGCAGAUCCGCAGGGGUACUCGAUAUCUAUCUUUGCACGACUUGGCGCAUGAUAUUGCGAUUGAUGGUCUCUUGGCCAUUGGAGUCCUUAAAGGCGGCAAGCACGCAGAAAUUCGCGCGUCUGGUGCCUCGAAGUCUUCCAUCAUGGCCAUGCACCCAGAUUUUGAUCAUGAACAAUAUGGCCCGGUUUUGAGUCCCUACAGUCUUUCACCAUGUACAGUCUCAGCACCAUUGUUGGAGGAGGGUAUGGUAUUGACUGUAGAACCGGGUCUCUACUUCUCGCCGCUGGCUCUCGCGAAUGCGCGCAAGCAGCCGUUCGCAAAGUAUAUUGAUUUUGACGUGGCAGCAAAAUAUGUCCCUAUUGGCGGCGUGCGUAUUGAGGAUGACAUUCUCGUGACGGCUAACGGAUAUGAGAAUCUUACUACAGCGCCUAAAGGCGAUGAGAUGCUUGCAAUUAUUCGUGGGUCUUCGUAG